GCACGUUGUCAAAAACAAGACAGGUAGUGAAGCAUGAGCACGACAGUCAGAAAAGUCAAGUUUUCUGGUUAGAAAAGUAAUUUAAAGUGAAAUAAAGUCACGCCGAAUUCAUGCGGAGAGGGAAAAGUACACAUUCUCUUACUCCUCACAGAAUUAAAGGGACGACGGAGCAGUAGAGCCGAUUGUCCACCUCCCUGUCGUCCGUCAUGGCUCCACAGAUGAACGAUAUCAUGCGUCUGUGCUGUGAAAUAUCGGCGCACGACCAGAUCAAGGUUGCGGUGAAAAACUCCACCAAAGGAGCGAUGGUGGCAGGAGGAGGCGCCUUCGUCGGCGGGAUGCUCGGUGGACCAGCGGGAAUCGCUGUUGGUGGCGCAGUGGGUGGCCUCCUGGGCAGCUGGCUGACCAGCGGUCAGUUCCGACCUCUGCCGGAGAUCCUGAUGGAGCUGCCGCCCAAGGAGAAACAGAAGCUCUACAACGACAUUGUGGGCGUGUUGGGAAACCUGGACUGGACCGACGCCGCCCAGCUCGUCGCCCUCGUGAUGGGCAACGCCACGCUCCAGCAGCAGGUGACCGCCGCGCUGCUCGGCUACAUCGCAAAAGAACUGAGAGCGGAGGUGCGCUAUCAGGACUGAGGUGACACGUGUGUGUGGUCCGACUUUUCAAAAACACAGUCACGUCAGAGGUGAAGUCACUUCUAGGUCCGACCUCCGGUGUGAAUGGAACGCAGCAUUAGCUGGGAAUGUUGAGUCAGUAAUUCCCAGCUACCUUUUUUUUUUUCUCUCUUAUAGUUCGGGAAUGCUGAAUCAUAAUUUUCUGUAUCGGCGAUUCUGAAUAAAUUCAUAUUUAAUAGCAUUUGGCUCGUUUUCUAUUGAAAACGAAUGGCCCUCUCAGCUGCCUUUGAUCUGAAAUGUGGAAAAAGUUGGAGGUCGAAAACAAGAAGAAAAAGUUUAAGAAGAAGCUUAACAGGAAAAAAAAGAUAGUUGUGAAAUGCAUUUUUUUUUUUUAGAUAAAUCACACCACAUAAAAGAGGAAGCAGACAAACCAAAAGUCGGUUGUCUAUUUACUUUUACAUUUUAAUCAUUUAUUCCCUUCAAUAAUAUUUAAAUGCAUCUGUGGUGAAAUUAAAGGUGUGGUGCUCAGGUUUUUGUUGUAAAGCCCAUGUAUUUGUUCAGUUACUGCUUGGAGAUGAAACACUGGAAGUGGUGAGAUUUAAGGGAUUGUGUAGUUGACACUACAGUGGGAACCACUCUGAAAAAAGAGAUUUUCACCCUCAUUUUCUGUAUGGACCAUUACUACCUGUCCAUUUUUACAUCAUAGCACACAGGAGUUGUUGAUCCACUGCUGUCUCCAUCAGUAAGUCAGUGUGUUAUUCUGUGAAUCCAAUGUUCACAAUCCUUUUAUUUAGAUGUACCUCAGUGACAUAAAGUGACCACACGAGGUAGAAGUAGAGCAGCAGCUCAAACAAGAGUUUGGUGUGGAAGAGUGAGCGAUUUACAAAGUUCACUUUCAGGUUGGAAAAGGCUUUCUAACAACAGUGAAGUGAAAUCAUAGAAUUUAUAAUAAUUAUUGUGUUUUUUUUCCAAAAUAAAGGCUUGUGAAUAAAAACA